ACUGCAGACAUUCACAGGAAGCUGGACCAGCAAUGGCUCUGCUGAAGGUUCUGCUGCUGCUGCUGCUGGGGCUGGGUGUUACAGUGAACUCAGAUGUUUCUCUGCAGAAGAGAAUCAUUGGAGGUCAAAACUGUCCUGACACGGAGCGUCUUUAUCACGUUCGGGUGGAGAGCAGCAAUGGUACUCAUAUGAAGCGCUGUGGAGGAUCUCUGAUCCACCCUGAGUGGAUCCUGACUGCAGCUCACUGCUGGAAGUUGGAGCCAGGAUGGAUUACUGUUGCAAUGCUAAAAGUUCAUCCACGGACUGCUGGGCGGCAGAGCCAGGUAAUCCAACGUCCUAUGAUGUACAACUUCCAGCAUGACAUCUUUUUGCUGAGACUUGAGACACCAGUAACAGAUGUCCCACUUGCUCGGCUACCAGACUGCAGUUAUCGGCUUAAAGUAGGCGAUGUUGUUCAACUGGCAGGAGAGGGAGCAACAACAGUCAGCCACCGUAAAUUGCGAUUAAUCGGUGCUGCUAUUCCAGCACAUCUUCAGUGUGUCGACAUGAGAGUUGAUCAGGUUUCCCAAUUCCAUGAGGCAUUUGGGAAUUUAUUCCAUGUUAAAGCACCGAACAAGGAUGUAUGCUAUGGCGACACUGGUGGAGCAGCGAUGUACAACGACAUGAUUUAUGGUGUGAUUUCUUUUGUUGAAGCAAACUCUGCAUGUCAGGAACCAGCUAUGAUCUUGGAUGUGUGUGAAUACCUGUGGUGGAUAAAAGCAGCACUGGGAUUCAAUAAAACAUAAACUAUCAUGAAAUAAAAUUCUCAUCAAAUUUCCUCUCACAUAUAAUUUUAUAGUUGUAUCUUCAUCAGUUUGAUCCACAUGUUUGUAGAAUUAGAAUAAAUUAAUUGUUUUGUGUUUGUCUCACCUGAUCUUGACCUCCCUAAUGGAGCUUUCUCUGCCUCAGAAAUGAAAAAUAAAUCAAUAAAUGCAUGAAAAA